AUGUCGCUCUUGCCGUACGACUCACAGAUUAACUAUACCGAGGAGAAAGAGAAGAUUCAACAGUUUCUCUCCAAGUUUGAAGGCACCGCGGACGAUGUCAUCGAGGGAUUCGACGCUCUGGAUCUUCAGGAUAAUGAUGUGCAGCGAAAACCAAAAUAUAUGGAGCAGCUACAAAAGAUUGCCAACAGAGAACAAGAACGACUAGUCAUCGAACUGGAAGAUAUCCAAAAGUACGAGAAGUCCGCGUCGAAUCUUGUUCACCGUAUCCGCUCAAAUACAAGGCGUUACGUGCAACUCUUUUCGGAUGUUGUCGACGAGAUUAUGCCAAAUCCUACAAAGGACAUCAGCCACCAUGAUGACGUUCUGGACGUUAUCAUUCACCAGAGACGCGAAAAGAAUCUUGCCAAUGGACAGGAGGGGCAAAAUCUAUUUCCCCCAAUGCUUACAAGAAGAUAUAACCUUUAUUUCCGGCCUUUGCGCAAUGAUCCUCCUAUGCGUGUGAGAGACGUCCGCGGGGCCCAUCUUGGGCAUUUGAUCACUGUUCGAGGCAUCGUCACCCGCGUUUCAGAGGUCAAACCAUUGCUCUUGGUCAAUGCGUACACGUGUGAUAGUUGUGGUACCGAAAUCUUCCAGGAUAUCUCUCAUCGACAGUUCACACCUCUGACCGACUGUCUUAAUCGUGAGACAUGUGUUAGGGACAACAGGAAAGGCACUCUGCAUAUGCAGACUCGUGCUUGUCGAUUCAGCCCAUUCCAGGAGGUCAAGCUCCAAGAAAUGGCUGAUCAAGUACCUGUUGGCCACAUUCCACGCUCCAUGACAAUCCACCUUUAUGGGAACAUGGUCCGACAGACCUCCCCAGGAGACAUUGUCAGCUUUGGUGGCAUCUACUUGCCUACCCCUUACACUGGAUACCAGGCCGUCCGCGCUGGUCUACUAACUGAUACAUACCUGGAGGUACAGGAUGUUCUUCAGCUCAAAAAGCAAUAUACCGCAAUGGAGGCCACGCCAGAGAUUCAGAGGCGUGUCGACCAGCUUAAAUUGGAUCCCUCUCUCUAUGAGAAAUUAGCCCUCAGCAUUGCGCCAGAAAUAUACGGCCAUGAGAAUGUCAAGAAGGCGCUCCUUCUCCUUCUCGUCGGUGGCGUCACCAAAGCAGUUGGUGAUGGCAUGAAGAUUCGUGGGGAUAUCAACGUUUGUUUGAUGGGUGACCCUGGAGUGGCCAAAUCCCAGCUACUCAAGUAUAUCACCAAAAUUGCCCCCCGUGGCGUCUAUACGACUGGUAAAGGAUCGUCUGGAGUUGGUCUCACAGCUGCGGUGAUGAGGGAUCCCGUGACCGACGAGAUGGUUCUUGAAGGCGGCGCUCUUGUGCUCGCUGACAAUGGAAUUUGCUGCAUAGACGAAUUCGACAAGAUGGACGAGUCGGACAGAACGGCCAUUCAUGAAGUUAUGGAGCAGCAAACAAUUUCAAUCUCAAAAGCCGGGAUUACAACGACGCUCAACGCCCGAACGUCGGUUCUGGCAGCUGCCAAUCCCUUGUAUGGACGGUACAAUCCCAAGCUGUCACCUGUCGAGAAUAUCAAUCUGCCCGCUGCGCUACUCUCCAGAUUUGAUGUAAUGUUUUUGAUUCUGGAUCGACCUACCCGUGAGGACGACGAACGACUUGCGCACCACGUCACAUACGUGCAUAUGCACAAUUCACAUCCGGCUCUGGAACACGAGCCCGUCGACCCAAUCAUCAUGAAACACUACAUCGCUCAAGCUCGAGAGAUCCGGCCAACUGUGCCGGCGAGUGUAUCUUCAUAUAUCGUCUCCGCCUAUGUCAAGCUCCGUAAGCAACAAGCUUCGGAAGAUGGCCUCAAGAAAUCGCACGUAUAUACAACUGCCCGUACUUUGUUGGGUGUACUCCGACUUGCGCAAGCCCAUGCUCGUCUUCGCUUCUCCCAAGAAGUCGAAAUUCUCGACGUCGACGAGGCAUUGAGGCUCAUGGAAGCAAGCAAGGAGUCAUUAUACGAUGAUAACACCAAUGAAAGGCGCGUCGGUGAUCAAUCGGAUAUGAGUAAGGUAUAUCGCCUUAUUAAGAGCAUGCUCCCUGGAGGUGGGAGGCGUGUGGGGACCCGUGGGAAGGCGAACGGUCGAAGGUUAGGAAGAGGGCCUGAUGGAGAGGUUGAAAUGGACGACGAAGACGAGCCACCGAUGGAGCUUAGUAUGGUCGACAUUCGUGCACGGGUCCUUGCUGCUCAGUUCACGGAGACAACGCUCAUGAGCACCAUUCUGGCUUAUGAAGAUAUGGGCGUAUGGCUGCGCGUUGCCAAUGGCUCAAAGCUGCAAAUGGUCACCUCCCAGGACUAA